AUGACCCGAGCCCGAAAGGCCCCGAACUUGCCUAAGCAUCAAGCCGACGGGAUCGUCAAGAUGCCGGCAGCGCCCUGGGAUAGGGCUCAGAGCCAUGAGCAACUCUUUGUAUUAAUAACGGGGGCAAACAGCGGCGUCGGCCUCGGCACCGCAGAGCGUCUCAUUGAUGAAUUUCUCGCCUCACGAUCUCUCUCUUCUCACCUUAUUCUCGUCCCCACCACACGGAGCGUCGCAAAAUCACGAGAGACCAUCGAGUCUCUCCGAGCAUAUCUCCGCAACACCGCCGCCCGUUCGCGCACUUUGACGUCUCGUGCUGGUCACUCCUACAGCCCCCAAGACACCAUCGAUCGCGUGCAUCUCCUCAGCGUGCAGCUCGACCUCUGCAAUCUGCGGAAUGUCCACGAAGUGGCCGCCCAACUCGUCCACGGCACCGUCACCGAUCCCACCGACCCCAGUACCCCCCGAUACCGGAUACCCCGCCUCGACGCCGUCGUUUUGAACGCCGGCAUAGGGGGGUGGACAGGUCUCAAUUGGGCCGGGUUGACAUACUCCUUCUUCGUAAAGGGCCUGAUGUACAUGGCUACGUACCCCGACUACAAGCUGGCCCGAUCAGGAGCCGUUGUGCGCCAAAGCGUCGAAGGUGCCGACGCGUGCCCCCCCGUCCUGGGCGAGAUCUUCUGCGCCAACGUCUUCGGCCACUACGUGCUGGCCCACGAGCUGCUCCCUCUGCUGAGCAGGGACUCCGAAAAGGAGCGCCCGGCACGCAUCAUCUGGACGAGCAGCAUAGAGGCCGACGCGAUAUCUCUCAAUCUCGACGAUUUCCAGGGCAUCGAGAGCAAGGUGCCGUACGAGAACUCGAAGCGCAUUACGGACAUUCUGGCCUUGACGUCCCAUCUCCCGUCCGUCCGGAAAUAUGUGAAUUCCUAUUUCCAGGCCGACGACGACGACGACGACGACGACAACAACAACAACAACAACAACAACAGCAGCAGCAGCAGCAGCAGCAGCAAUGAUGACGCCUCGGAAGCCGAGGUGAAACCCGUACCCCCGGCUAUGUACGUAACCCACCCCGGCAUCGUGCACAGCACGCUCAUGCCGCUCCCCUUCUUUCUCGUCAACCUGUACUGGUUCGCCCUGCUCAUGUGCCGCUGGCUGGGCUCCCCUUGGCACGUAGUGGACGGGUACCGCGGCGGCGCGGCUUCGGUCUGGAUGGUGCUGGAGGACCAAGAAACGUUGGAGGAGUUGGAGGCGCACAAGGUCAAGUGGGGCUCCUGCUGCAAUUUCAUGGGCACGACCGGCGUGAAGAAGACCGAAGUCGAAGGGUGGGGCUGGGAAGGGAAAGCCGAGGACCGCGAAUCGCUGGCUAAGGACCCGGCGCUUGGCGUGUUGCGCAAGCUGAAGGGACGGAGGCCUGAGGCGCAGGAACCGACGUUGGAAGACCUCGCCGGCUUUGAGGAGCUGGGCAUCUCUUGUUGGAAGGAAAUGGAACGGUUGAGGCUGGAGUGGCAAGGAAUUCUCCGUGCUGGCACAAAGUCGGGCGCCGCUGACGAGAAGAUAUAA